UUAAUUUGCAAUUUUGACAUUAAGCAAAAAAAAAACCAUCAACGAUGACCAAGGCACGGUAGCCAAGAGAACCAAAUUUCGGAGUGAAAUUGCAUUUCUUCGACGAAAGUGGCUUCGGGCACUUCCACUCAUCUUAUACCUCUUCCCUUUACACAACGCAUUCAUUCUCUCCACCGCCUCGUCCAGAUUUUACGCAAAUUGUAUAAAAUCGAGCAAUCAAUUCUCUUCGCUUACUGUGCCUUUUUUGGUAUCUUUAAUGCACUUCUUUUCCUCCAUCUCUUGAUCGAUCAGAUUGUCAUUUUCAUCUUCGUUUGCUGACUCUGACCAUUGCAUUUGCCACUCAUGAUGAUAAAGAUGGAACAUAGUUCUGGGUACCCUGGCGUGGAGCAAAGUCCAUCAAAAUCUCCGAAUGAGCUCACUUCAUCAAAUGAUGGCGAUGAAUGCAUGGACGAAGCUGGGCAGAAGGUCAAAGGACCUACACAAAAACGCACGAAUAGGAACAGUCGGACAGGAAGAGCCUGUGAAGGAUGCAGAAAGAAAAAGAUAGCUUGUGACGGCAGACAGCCUUGCAGAGCAUGUUCAACGCGCAAAAGAGAUUGCGUGUACACAACAUUGACAGUGACUGGAAGACCAUCCAAGGGAGCUGUUAAGCUAUUGCAACGACAGAUUGAAACACUGGAAGCAGAGAACGAGGCAUUACGAAGCGGAAAACAAAUCAAAUCUAAUUCGACCUCCCAACUCGAUGGAGCAAACGGUGCAAAGGCGGAUGGGCCUGCUUUGCCACUUCCGUAUGGUCCAUCAGGCGAACCGGCGGGUCAUCGUGAUUCAAUCAACAGCGAUGCCGAUGACUUUUUCUUCUUGACAAAGAAUGUCAAUCAAAGCUUGACCAUCUCACAAAAGCAUGCAAAUGAGCAUGGCGGAAAGAAUGGCAAUUUAUUUGACCUUCACACAUCUUUCCGCCUAGAACGUCAAGAGAAUGGUGAUUUCACAACAAGUAUGGGAUGGUGCAUGGCCGCUAUUCAAUUAGGGAAAACAAUGAUGGGAAAAAGCCACAAUGUCUUUUCUAAUCGCACCGGCUCUGUGGAUGCCAUCCAACAACAAGUUUGCGCGCCAAAUCGUUCUGGAAGCCAAAACAACCUUCUAGUCGAGCCUUUUUCUGCAGCCAACAUUCCACUUUACUGGCCUUCUCGUGAACGUGAAGAGCAGUUAUUUAAUGUCUACUUCAGACUUGUACAACCUUCAUGGCCAAUCCUAUGCAAAGACACACUAAAAGCUCAACGGACAGGCUCUCUUCGAAAUAUCUUUCAAAAUGAUCCUGUUUGGCUUUCGAUUAUGCUUGGAUUAUUCAUUGCUGCAGGAAGAUAUGUUCCUUCUGAGCAUGAGAAUCUUCAGCUUUGGUGGACAGCCAGGAUGCAGUUAGGCGCACACGAUCUGGUCCAUUGCAGUUCUAUUGGUGGUAUUCAAAAUCUUUUGAUGACGGUCAAUGUUCGAUCUUGCUUGCUUAUUCGGACACAUAUCGAUUGGGUGGCAACAGGAAUGGUGUUGAGAACAAUGCAAGAUCGAGGCUUACAUCGUGAAGCUGUUUUGAAAACUUUACAACAUGACGCUGCUUAUACUGGAUUGAUUCGUUGUUUAUGGUGGACAGCUCAAAAAGCUGAUAUUGAUAUGUGCGCUCGUUGGGGUCGUACGCCAGCUGCAGUUUCAUUCGAUGUCAUGCCACCUCGAGGAUCAUCCCUGAGCUCGCCCAUUCCAUACUUUAUCGCUUCUUUAAGGGGACUGCGCCUUACCGCUCAAAUCUUGGAUGUUCGCUAUCUUCAUGAUUCAAUUCUGCGCGACAACGUACUCAUCGAAGUAAGGAAAUGGAUGGCAGAGCUGAAAGAAUACUUUCCAUUUAUGCCCAAGGAACGCGAUGACGAAAAGAUUUUUGCCAACGCAAAAUUAUCAAUGUUCGCUUACAGUGUGGUCGCUCUAGCUUUCAAAUGCAACAUCAAUGUUGUCUUUAAGACGCUUGAAAAGCAACAAUCUUCCUCUGAAGGCAAGAAGGCUAGAGAAAUGACGGAGAAAGAGCUGGCAGACUAUGAAAAAGCAAAAAUUGUGGUGAAGGAGAUCACACUAAACACAGCAAAGAUCAUAAAAUCGCUUAUCGAAAGAAGUCGUCCAGACGUACAAUUCCUUGAUGAUGAUGUCGUCGUUCAUACAGGAUCCGUUUUGGUUAUUGCCAACUUCUUGUGCUUUGCUGAGAAAUUGAGGGGUGUUACAGAUGAGGCCUUACUGCAAUCUAUCACCACAAUCACCGAUACGCUCAGCAAUUGCAAUUUUGGUGGCACAGUGACCGCUUCAGCCAAGGAGUUCUGCAGAACGAUGACAUCUCAGCUUACAAAACGAAUGCGAGAUCACGAGAGCCUUUAUAAUCAGCCUCAAAGCUUGAGCGAAUCCACUCAAUUCAACAAUUUUCCACAGACAAAUCAGCCAAAUUUUCGCUUUGAUCCAUCCACUUAUCCAUCCGGCGUUCCAAGUAGCGGCAAUAUGGUGAUUGUUCCCGAACAGGGUCCUACCGAUAUUCAAAAUACGUUUCGAUCUGCAAUUAAUGUCAUGGAUAGAUAUGCAAGCGAUCCCCGAGUUUUGAUGGACAACGCUCAAUAUGCUAGAGCAAGUCCCGAUUCGAAGUUAUGGGACGAUGUACUGCAUAAUGAGAUAAUGCUCUUGGAUGGAAUCACGAAUACAACGGCAGGAUUCCCGCACAAUCCUAUGCAAUAUUCCAUUCCAGCUUCGCAUCCUUCUGGUAGUGACACAACGACCAAUGCUUCCACAAACGAAUAUGGAGAAGGAGAAAGAAGGAUGAUUGAUCAAAAUACAAUGGAAGAUCAAGCUUAUCAACCUCCGUCUAAUCAGUAUUUUGGGAAUGUGGGCAUGCGAAGAGGAUCGGCUCAAGUGCCGAUCUUAUCGUCCAUGUGGCUAGGACCUGAUAUGGAUCAUACUUUACCUCCAUUAGCUUCUCCAGCCCAACAAAAUGGACAAGCUCUGCAAGCAACGGAGAAGCAGGGUGAUCUUUCCGUACGAAGCAAUGAUUCUUCCAUGCCCAGAUUUAACGUUCCAAACAUUUUUUCUACAAUGAAUACACCCGCUCAACAAUCAAAUCAACAGCAACAAAAUCAAGCACCGACGCCUGUUUCAGCCUUGUCUGUGUCUCCGACAGAAGAAGUGACGACCUUUUCCAACCCUUUCAACGGAUACAAGAUUCCAAACUUUUCUCCACGUAAUAGCGGUCUUCCAACGGCAGCAACACAUGGUCCUUUUAUUGCUGACUAUUAAAACCAAAAAAUUUUGUUUAAUAAUCUUACUUAUUACGACUGUGUCGAAAUGUUACGAUUCUUUUACAGCUUGUUAAUUGUUACGGUUUUGUUUAUUUGUUU